CUCCCCACCAGCACCCCGCUAGGCUCGGGGCCACGCCCGCGUGGAUGGGAUGGAAGCGGGACCCUCGGGAGCAGCAGCUGCUGCGGGCACUUACCUUCCACCCCUGCAGCAGGUAUUUCAAGCUCCUCGCCGGCCCGGGAUAGGAACAGUUGGGAAGCCCAUCAAACUCUUAGCCAACUACUUUGAAGUGGACAUUCCCAAGAUCGAUGUGUAUCACUAUGAAGUUGACAUCAAGCCAGACAAGUGCCCGCGCAGAGUCAACAGGGAGGUUGUGGAAUACAUGGUUCAACAUUUCAAACCUCAAAUCUUUGGCGACCGGAAGCCAGUCUACGAUGGAAAAAAGAACAUCUAUACAGUCACAGCCCUGCCUAUUGGAAAUGAAAGGGUUGACUUUGAGGUGACGAUUCCAGGGGAAGGCAAAGACAGGAUCUUCAAGGUUUCUAUCAAGUGGAUGGCCAUUGUGAGCUGGCGGAUGCUCCAUGAGGCCCUGGUGAGCGGGCAAAUCCCUGUUCCUCUGGAAUCUGUCCAGGCCCUUGAUGUCGCCAUGAGGCACCUGGCUUCCAUGAGGUACACCCCAGUGGGCCGUUCCUUCUUUUCUCCCCCUGAAGGAUACUAUCACCCACUGGGAGGGGGCCGGGAGGUCUGGUUUGGCUUCCAUCAGUCUGUCAGGCCUGCGAUGUGGAAGAUGAUGCUCAAUAUUGAUGUGUCAGCAACAGCGUUCUACAAGGCCCAACCUGUGAUCGAGUUCAUGUGCGAGGUGCUAGACAUCCGGAACAUAGAUGAGCAGCCGAAGCCCCUGACUGAUUCGCAGAGAGUUCGCUUCACGAAGGAGAUCAAAGGUUUGAAAGUGGAGGUAACUCACUGCGGGCAGAUGAAGAGGAAAUACCGUGUGUGUAACGUUACUCGUCGGCCAGCUAGUCACCAAACGUUCCCCCUGCAGUUGGAGAGUGGUCAGACCGUGGAGUGCACAGUAGCACAAUACUUCAAGCAGAAGUACAACCUCCAGCUGAAGUACCCCCACCUGCCAUGUCUCCAAGUCGGUCAAGAGCAGAAGCACACAUAUCUGCCUCUGGAGGUGUGUAAUAUCGUGGCUGGCCAGAGGUGCAUCAAGAAACUAACGGACAACCAGACCUCCACCAUGAUAAAAGCAACAGCGAGGUCUGCUCCAGACAGGCAAGAGGAAAUCAGCCGACUGAUGAAGAACGCCAGUUACAACCUGGACCCCUACAUACAGGAGUUUGGCAUAAAGGUGAAGGAUGACAUGACUGAAGUGACUGGACGGGUCCUGCCUGCUCCGAUCUUACAGUACGGGGGCCGGAACCGUGCCAUCGCCACACCCAACCAGGGAGUUUGGGACAUGAGAGGAAAGCAGUUCUACAACGGCAUUGAGAUCAAAGUCUGGGCCAUUGCCUGCUUUGCCCCUCAGAAGCAGUGCAGGGAAGAAGUCCUGAAGAACUUCACGGACCAGCUGCGCAAGAUCUCCAAGGAUGCGGGGAUGCCUAUCCAGGGCCAGCCGUGUUUCUGCAAAUAUGCACAAGGGGCUGACAGUGUGGAGCCCAUGUUCCGGCACCUGAAGAACACCUACUCUGGGCUCCAGCUCAUCAUAGUCAUCUUGCCAGGAAAGACGCCGGUGUAUGCGGAGGUCAAGCGGGUGGGGGACACACUCCUCGGGAUGGCCACCCAGUGUGUGCAGGUGAAGAACGUGGUGAAGACGUCGCCGCAGACGCUUUCCAAUCUCUGUCUCAAGAUCAACGUUAAACUCGGGGGCAUCAACAACAUCCUGGUGCCCCACCAGCGUUCUGCUGUCUUUCAGCAGCCGGUUAUAUUCCUGGGAGCUGAUGUAACUCACCCGCCAGCAGGCGAUGGAAAGAAGCCCUCCAUAACAGCUGUGGUGGGCAGCAUGGAUGCCCACCCCAGCCGUUACUGCGCCACAGUGCGGGUUCAGCGGCCACGGCAGGAGAUCAUCGAGGACCUGUCCUACAUGGUGAGGGAGCUCCUCAUCCAGUUCUACAAGUCCACUCGCUUCAAGCCCACCCGCAUCAUCUUCUACCGCGAUGGAGUGCCGGAGGGGCAGCUGCCACAGAUCCUUCAUUAUGAGCUCCUGGCCAUCCGUGAUGCCUGUAUCAAACUGGAGAAGGACUACCAGCCGGGCAUCACUUACAUUGUCGUGCAGAAGCGACAUCACACACGCCUCUUCUGUGCGGAUAAGAACGAGAGGAUUGGCAAAAGUGGGAACAUCCCAGCAGGAACAACAGUGGAUACGAACAUUACUCAUCCCUUUGAGUUUGACUUCUAUCUGUGCAGUCAUGCCGGCAUUCAGGGUACGAGCAGGCCUUCCCAUUACUACGUUCUUUGGGACGACAACCGGUUUACAGCAGAUGAGCUUCAAAUCCUCACCUACCAGCUUUGCCACACUUACGUUCGCUGCACCCGCUCCGUCUCUAUCCCAGCACCAGCAUAUUACGCCCGGUUGGUGGCAUUUCGGGCGCGAUAUCACCUUGUAGACAAAGAGCAUGACAGCGGAGAAGGCAGUCACAUAUCUGGCCAGAGCAACGGCCGAGACCCUCAGGCCCUGGCCAAGGCCGUGCAAGUUCAUCAGGACACUUUACGUACCAUGUACUUUGCUUGAAAGAGAGCCUAGCUUUUUUACCUCACUCCAGAAAGCUUUCAGAUUUGUAGGAGCCAUACAAAAAAGAAAAAGAAAGAGGAAGCAUUGGGAGCGCCGUGUGGGCAUCCAAUGAGAAAUCACUGCAGGGCAUGGACAGCGUUGGAGGCCGGAAACCAGAACCCUCCGGGGGCAAAAGCAGAAGAGCCACUUCACCGGAUGGACACACCUUUGUAGUAUUGCAAGAGAGACUUUGUUUUUCAGGCUUUCCAGUUACCUGACCAAACAAAAGUAUUUUAACCAAGAAAGGGAUCUGACCUCCUGUCAAAAGAAAACAGGUUUUCAUUUGCUGGGGUGGGGGUGGGGGCGAGACGCAAUAUUAGACUUUUUGACUGUGAAAUAACUCUUUUGGUCCUCCAUUGCCCAAUCAGAC